AUGUCCUCCACAUUCUCUCCAACACCUGGCGAGCUUGCCAUUGUCAAUCAAUUGUUUGCUCAGAACGACCCCCAGAAGUUCGGCAUCAUCACGGGAGAGGUUGCUGUUAAGAUAUUUGGCGGUGCAAAGCUCUCAUCCACAACCUUGGGGAAGAUAUGGAGUAUAGCAGACGCGGAGAACAACGGCUUUUUGACGCGCAAAGGUGUAGCUGUUGCCGUCAGGCUUAUGGGUUGGGCACAAAAGGGCGACGAUGUGUCUGAGGAGUUGAUCAACAAACCUGGACCCUUGCCUGUGCUCGAGGGAUAUCCACAAAUCCCUGCGCAACGUGCAGCACCGAGUCCUUCACCGAGGUCCCCUCCUCCACCGGCGCUUCCGCCAUUGACGACUAUGGACAGGGCGAAAUUUAAUCGACUGUUUGUGGGCUGUGGGCCGGUCAACGGCUUGCUCAACGGCGAGAAAGCCAGGGACGUGUUCGUGAAGUCCAAGCUUUCGGUUGAGAAGCUCUCUCAAAUAUGGAAUCUAUCCGACACGCAAAGCCGAGGCUCGCUCGAUGCUACUGAUUUCUCCAUUGCGAUGUAUCUGAUUCAACUUUCGAUGUCGGGCCAGCUCUCUUCGAUCCCUGCCACGCUUCCCCCCGGCGGUAGCGGCUCUUUGAGCCCAACGCUGACAGGUUCAUUUCCGCCCCGCUCCGCAACUAGCGCUAUCCAGCCGCAAUAUACUGGUCAAACUGUUCAGCAGCAUUUCACCGGCCAGCCUCUUCCUCACCAGUAUACCGGGUCUGCAUUCAAGGUAGCGCCUACCAUCCCUCCUCGGCCCGCGCCAGCCGUUCCACCUUUCCCUGUGCCGCCAACUGCACAUGCACCACAAUGGGACGUCACGCCCGCAGAAAAAGCGAGCUCGGAUAGAUUCUUCGAUACCCUUGAUAGUCAAAAGAAAGGCUAUAUUGAAGGUGAUGUUGCUGUACCUUUUAUGUUGCAGUCCAAGCUGGCCGAAGAUGCUCUGGCGCAAGUCUGGGACCUCUCCGACCUGAAUAAUGAUGGCCGCUUGACUCGCGACGGUUUCGCAGUCGCCAUGCAUCUCAUUCAAGGAAAGCUUACUGGUAAAGAUAUUCCCGCCUCUCUACCAACCUCUCUGGUUCCACCGUCGAUGCGGACGAAUGGUGUCGCAGCAUCUCCCCUCCAGACCCAGCAACCGCAGCAAAGUGAAACCAUUAGGGAUUUACUAUGGGACGAGACUCCCCCUCCAUCGGCUAUCACUCCACAAUCCGUACAACAUCAACCAACUGGUUCACUCCACAUGUCUCCCAGCGCAUUCUCCACUCCUUUUCUUUCCACUCAGCAGGCGUUUGCCGCUGCUCAGGAUCCUUUCGGCAGCUCCACCACCACCAAAGAUCUUCUGGGUGAUGAUGAUGAUGCCGGCACGACCUCCCCUCCCAUACAUGAUCAUUCAGCCGAGAUCGGAAACGUUCAAAACCAAUUGGAUUCAACCAAACGCUCGUUGGAGACUACCAAAGCCGAGCGUACCAGCAUUGAAGCUACCAUCGCUAAUCAAGCGGCACAGCUAUCCGCUCUCCAAACGCAGCUCAGCUCGGCGAAGGCAGCCUACGAAACCGAAACGCGUCUCCUUGCUGCGCUGCGGGAGCGAUACACUAAUCAGACAACCGACAUAAACAAGGCUAGGGAGGAGCUCAUCCAUGCGGAGAGUGAUCUGAGUGCCGUGCGUGUGGAGAAAUCCGAGAUCGAGCAACAUCUGCUUCGGGACAAAGAGGAAGUCCGAGACUUACAGCGGAAGAUGACCGAGGCGGGUAGCACCAUCGAACACGUGAAAGUGGAGAUCGAGAAGGCAAAGAAAGACGCAAAGCAGCAAAAGGGGCUAUUGGCUAUCGCGAAGAAACAACUGGCCACGAGAGAGACUGAAAGAGCUAAGAUCGAGAAGGAUCUCGAGGAGGCGAAUGCAGAGGCCCUGGCAGCUGCAAAAGAACGGGAAGAGGCAGAGUCAUUGCUUAGCAAGGAGAUACCGGCCGCUCCGUUCGCGAACGACGCACAUACGACGACGUCUCCUUCGGUGGACAGUUUGGCGUUCGCCGCAGCCCAGCCUCUCCCCGCUACUCCUGGCAGUCCGGGAUCCAUUAUGAGUGGAUCAGGAAGCAAGAGCAACAACCCUUUCGAGAGACUUGUGAUGUCCCAUACUGGCUCGUCGACUCGCUCUCAAUCACCGUUCUUGCCAUUCACAAAUGCAUCAGUCCCAACACCGUUCGUUGCGCCCCCUCCCCCGAACGGCACGGCAGCGAUGACAGAUGAUCCUUUCAGCUUGGCUUUCGGAACCGAGGAGCCCACGAAUGUACCAUCCUCGGGACUUACAGAUGUUGGUGCAGAGCCACAAAGCUUAACGCCCAGGCUGCCAUCCAUCAACGCGAAUGUCACUUCGACUGAUGAAAUGUCUUCGCCUCUCAGUGACAACGAUAUGUUCAGCACGCCACCUACAACUGCUGUGCCAGUCCUGGCACAGCACUCUGGAUCUAUGAGUCAAGCUGGCAGUUUCCCUGGUGUAGAGGCGACUCUUUCCCAGCUCUCCCCUGCAGAGGCAUUUUCCUCUGAACCUCCCGCAGCGCACGAGCCGGAGACUGAUCUGAAUGCUCCGCUCAAGGAGAUUGACAUCGACGAAUCUGAUAGUAGUGACGACGAUACUGAAGACAGUCAGCCUCUUGCCACCUUGGUGAAGAGGGCAUCCAACAUCCCCCCAGCGCCUCAGGAACCUGCCAUCGCCACUAACGAAGCGACUGGAGCUCCUAGCACUGGCUUUUCGUUCGACGAUGCGUUCGUUGAAUCGUCUGGUCAGGAGACUCAAGCUGCCCCUCCCUUGGCACAGUCCUUGGAGAAGGGGCUUCCUCCUACAUCCCAAGCAACUACUCCAUUUGAUUCGUUUGCAGAUACACAUGUCCCCCCGGCCAUCGAGACAGUGCUAGAAUCUCCUUCCAAGGUGCCUGCUGGCGUGAGUGAUUUUGACGAGGCGAUGGGCAAGAUCCCUGGUUCUGCUUCCGGUACAUCGGAUCCUAACUUCACGUUUGACAAUUCGUUCGACGAUAACUUUGAUUUUGGCGCUGCGAGCGGGACUGCAUUUCCUCCUGCUCCAUCCUCCAAUGGAAACGCUGCCCCUGCACCGUUUCUAGCGGUCGCCCCUGCUCCCGCUCCUGCUCCGAAGAACGACGGGUUUAACUCUGUCUUCGCUCCACAAGUCAGCGCUCAGCCGCCUUCUCUGACAUCGCUUCCUCAGGCUGCCCCCGCUCAAAUUGCGCCUUCGCUUUCGUUUGAUGACGCAUUUGGUUCAGCAUCAUUCGCCACUCAAUCGCAGCCGAGCCAGCCUUCGGCGAGCAGCGAAGCCCAUGGUAUCUCUUUUGAUGAUGCAUUUGGUGGCGUUGGCCCAUCACAGGCGCUAGCUUUGGACGACAACUUCGGGACGGCUUCGUCACGAGCGUCGUUUGUGCCUCCUCAAACCCAAUCGCCAACCAGUGCAACGCCUUUUCCAACUGCAUCCCCACCUCGUGACUCUUCAUCGUCCUACAACGCGUCUCGGAUGUCGGCGUCUCCGCCGGUCCGCGCAACGUCACCCCCUCCCCGUGUGUCCUCUCCGAAACUCAGGCCGUCGACAGCGUCCUCGAGCAAAGACGGCCAUGAGAAGAAGGAGCCGGUGAGGCACUCUAAGCUCAGCAUCCGAUUGCCCUUUGGGAAGAAGAAAAAGACCAUGGAGCCGGCGCCCCUGCCACCCUCACAGCUUUCGCAGCACCUGUCGCCCUUGCCCGAACCUACCGCUGUUGGGACGACGACCCCUGCGGUGGAAGAUGAUGUCGAGCCUGUCAAGCAGCUGUCGGCCAUGGGCUUCAGCCGUUCGCAAGCAGUUGCUGCGCUGGAGGCGAAUGCGUACGACUUCCAGAAAGCGCUCAAUAGUUUGCUUGGUUCUCAGUGAGGUUUUUUUAUGUUCAUCGAAGGAAAAUAAGGAGCCCUUGUAUUCUCUCUCUCUCUCUCUUUUGACUGUAAAGCUGCAAGCGAUAGUGCUUGGCUUUGGUACAUUCGUUUGAUCCUAUCUACAUACAAUCCUACGGACGCUCAUUACUAGCUUUGUUUCCGCUCUCGAUUGUGGCAUCUAUUGCUCCGUCGAUUCUUAUCUGCUCUCUACAGAUUCGUUAUAAUGAAUGAUGUGUUUUGCGAAAGCU